GGGGCGUGGUAAAAUGACCCAGCCGUCACGAUUGUCUCCGCUAUCCGAACAUUCUGAGAGACGUCAGCUUGCGCCUUUCCCUUGCAAUUGCCUUUGAGCACCUGUGUCUUUAAGAGACGAGCCCCGCCCCCGUCUUCCCGCUGACAAGAUGGCGGCCGAGAUUAGAGGGUUACCUUAUGCUGUAUAUAAGUGGAGCUCGUUUUCUUCUAGUUAUUUACCUGAAAACAUUCUAGUAGAUAAACCCAGUGAUCAGUCUUCAAGAUGGUCGUCUGAAAACAAUAAUCCCCCUCAGUAUCUAAUAUUAAAACUGGAAAGGCCAGCAAUUUUACAAAGCAUAACAUUUGGAAAAUAUGAGAAGACUCAUGUUUGCAAUUUAAAGAAGUUUAAAGUCUUUGGUGGAAUGAAUGAAGAAAACAUGACUGAGCUUUUAUAUAGUGGUCUGAAAAAUGAUUACAACAAAGAGACAUUCACAUUAAAGCAUAAAAUAGAUGAGCAGAUGUUUCCAUGUCGAUUCAUUAAAAUAGUGCCACUCUUAUCCUGGGGGCCAAGCUUUAACUUUAGCAUCUGGUAUGUUGAAAUCAAUGGGAUUGAUGAGCCAGAUGUGGUACAGCCCUGUCUUCACUGGUACAGUAAGUACCGUGAACAAGAAGCCAUACGCCUUUGUCUGAAGCACUUCCGUCAGCACAACUACACAGAAGCUUUUGAAUCUUUGCAGAAGAAAACCAAAAUUGCCUUAGAACACCCCAUGUUAACAGAGUUACAUGACAAACUGGUACUGAAAGGAGACUUUGACAGCUGUGAGGACUUGAUUGAAAAGGCUGUCAGUGAUGGACUCUUCAGUCAGUACAUUAGUCAGCAGGAAUACAAACCACAGUGGAACCAGAUAAUUCCUAAAAUCACCAAAGGAGAUGAAGACAGUAGACCAGGAAUGAGAGGAGGACAUCAAAUGGUCAUCGAUGUACAGUCUGAGAUGGUGUAUUUAUUUGGUGGCUGGGAUGGAACUCAAGAUUUGGCAGAUUUUUGGGCUUACAGUGUCAGAGAGAACCACUGGAUAUGCAUAUCAAGAGAUACUGAAAAAGAGAAUGGUCCCAGUGCCAGGUCCUGCCAUAAAAUGUGUAUCGACACCCAGCGGAGGCAGAUUUAUACCCUUGGUCGAUAUCUGGAUUCUUCUGUAAGAAACAGCAAGUCUCUGAAAAGUGAUUUCUACUGCUAUGAUAUUGAUACCAACACAUGGACUUUGUUAAGUGAAGACACAUCUGCAGAUGGGGGGCCUAAACUAGUAUUUGAUCACCAGAUGUGCAUGGACUCUGAAAAGCAUAUGAUCUAUACGUUUGGAGGCCGUAUCUUGACUUGCAAUGGCAGUGUGGAUGAUAGCAGGGCCAAUGAACCCCAAUUUAGUGGUCUCUUUGGUUUUGAUUGUCACACACAGACAUGGAAACUGCUCAGAGAGGAUUCAUGCAAUGCUGGCCCUGAGGACAUCCAGUCACGGAUAGGACACUGCAUGCUUUUUCACUCUAGAAAUCGCUAUUUGUAUGUGUUUGGUGGGCAACGAUCAAAGACAUAUUUGAAUGACUUCUUCAGCUAUGAUGUGGACCGUGACCAUGUGGAAAUUAUAUCAGAUGGCACCAAAAAAGAUUCUGGCAUGGUGCCUAUGACUGGCUUCACGCAGAGGGCCACCAUUGAUCCUGAGCUAAAUGAAAUCCACGUUUUGUCGGGACUCAGUAAAGAUAAAGAAAAAAGGGAAGAAAAUGUUAGGAACUCUUUCUGGAUUUAUGACAUUGUUCGAAAUAGCUGGUCAUGUGUCUACAAGAAUGACCAGACAUCUAAGGAAAACCCAAAUAAAAACAUCCAGGAAGAGGAACCAUGUCCCAGAUUUGCACAUCAGUUGGUUUAUGAUGAAAUGCACAAGGUCCACUAUCUGUUUGGAGGAAACCCAGGGAAGUCAUGUUCUCCAAAGAUGAGACUGGACGACUUUUGGUCGUUAAAACUUUGCCGACCUUCUAAGGAAUACUUGCUAAGACACAGUAAAUACCUAAUUCGAAAACACAGGUAUGAAGAGCGUGCCCAGGCAGAGCCCCUUAGUGCACUGAAAUAUUUGCAAAAUGAUUUAUUUGUCACUGUGGAUCACUCAGACCCUGAAGAAACGAAAGAGUUUCAGCUUCUUCCUUCUGCACUGUUCAAAUCAAGUAAAGACUUCACUCCACUUGGUUUCUCUGAUGUUGACCACACUUACUUUCAGAGAACUCAGCUCUUUGAUAUUUUAGUCAACUUCUUCCCAGACUCCAUGACUCCUCCUAAAGGCAACCUUGUUGACCUUAUUACUCUGUAAAUGAAAAUACAAACAACACAACAACAACAAUGGACUUGAAGCAGAACAAGAAAUCCCAGACUGAUAAUCUUUGUUUUUGGCUUUUUUUUUUUUUUUUGCACUGGAGAUUGACUGUGAUAAAGCAAACACUUGGUGCCAUGCUUGAGUGGUAGCCUGGUUGCACCCAGUAGUACCUGAAUCACAUAUACACAUAUACACCCCGCACUCCCCCUAAAAAUAUCCAUACAUGUUUGGGAGUGGCCUGUGAGAUUAUUCACGAAGACAGUCCCUGCCUCUUUUUCUUUCCCCCCCCCCCCCACUAUCUUUUAAUGCUCAACAAGGUGCAUUGUAAUGGGGGCAUAUGUGUAUGUUAUAAUAACAUGAGAAAUACUUUGCAUCAGUGCUGAACAGGAAUAAGUCCACGAGAAGACUUAUGGACACUACUGGGUCUCCUCCUGUACAGCUUCUGUAUUUUCUGUAUAAAGAAAAAUACUUUUUUGCCAUUUUUAUUUUUUUUCCACAGCCUUACACUGAAUUUUUAGUCAUGGCUUGUAAAAUAAAUAAAUAAAUGGAGAUGUAACCCAAAGAUUACGGGCACUGUGGGGAACUGGGCUGAAAAACUCAAUGUUAAUUUAUUGUUAUUCUUAUAUUGAAAAUGGGUAGAAAAAAGUUUGAUGUGCUAUGAAAAAUAAAUCCUACAUUCUGUUCUAACAUCAUUGCUUAGGAUGAAUGGCAAAUGCUGGCCAUUGCUCUCAGACAAUUGCAAGGGCUCAUUGAAGCAAUAAGUGGCCCCACACCAUAUUUAACAUGCCACCAUACUGUUGGGAUCAUGAGCAGAGUCUGUAGCACAGCUUGAGUCUUCAUCAUCGCUGUGCUCUCAUACAGCAGAGCUUCUCCUUUAGUCCUCAGCCCUUAUGGCUUAAAGUUUGCAGGGAGUCUCCUAUUAAAGUGAAUGAGAAUUAAAAAUUAAAGUCACCUUAUACCACCACUAUUAAGAUGCUAGUGGAAAGCAAGCACCGCUCUCAGCCUUAAUUUAAAGGGUUUGCUCACCUGUGAGUUUACUUUUCAAUAUGAUGUAGAGGGUGAUGCUCCGAGAUUAUUUGCAAUUGGUUUUUAGUUUUUGUUAAGUUAUUUAGCUUUAUAUUCAGUAGCUCUGCAGUUUGCAGUUUCAGCAGUCUGAUUGCCAGGGUCCAAAUUGACCUAGCAACCUUGCAUUGAUUUGAAUAGGAGAAUGGAAUAUGAAAAGGAGAGGGCCUGAAUAAGUAUAUACUACUCAAACAAUAAAUGUGUAGCCUUACAGAGCAUUUGUUUUUAGAUGGGGUUAGUGACUCCCGUUUGAAAGCUGGAAAGAGUCAGAAGAAGAUAACAAAAUAUUCAAAAACUAUACAAUAUAAAGCCGACCAACUGAAAAGUUGCUUAGAUUUGGCCAUCCCGUAACAUAUUAAAAAUGAAAGGUGACUCACCCCUUUAAUGUCAUGGCCGUUCAAAAGAAAUGUAUAUGUUUAGGCAAUGGAUUAUUUUAUACUCAAACACUUCCUUUUAGCCAUUCUUAAAACAGUAUUAUAACGGACAUAAAUCCUAUCAGGUGAUAAUAAUGGUAAAACAGGGUUAUUCAGUGUCAUCUGCAGAAUUAGUGCUGCUGCGCAAUUACAAACAAUAGACAUGAAAUGUGCAUUUCUGGACACCUAUUUAGGCCGCCAUUCAUUUUGAAAAGUUUGUAAAUCUUUGCAUAAAAAUAGAUGUAUUAUGUACCAAUAAGUUCAAAAUUGUCUUAUAAAUUGUCUUAUACGUG